GGAGUAUACAUUCAUAACCUUCAGUGUGAUCAUCUUUUAUAAGAUAAAGGAUGAGCCGUAUAUAUAUAUAUAUGAACAUCCACCAACCAAGGACUUAACUAAUAAAAGCUAAAGUAAAAUAUGGCCCAAUUACUUUCUUAUCCAAACAUUCUUCCAUUAUAUUUUCCCAUUAUGUCUACAAAAAGAUUAAGGCAUUAUGGACUCAUUAAAGAAUCAAUGAACAUAUUAAACUCUCAUGACUAUUUCAUAACAGUUCUCACCGAGUAGAUUUAUAUUACAUGUAUGAAAUGUUUUAGGAAAUCGAUCCAGCUGAUCUGAACUAAAUGAGUUCAAUUUCAUUUUUAAACAAUAUUUGCAGGUAUCUUGAAAUGACAGUCAUCCAGGUGUGGUGAGAAAAAUGAGCAAUAUUAUGAUGAUGAGCAAUAAACAGUCAUCAUGUCUGUUGCUGUGGCAGUUGUUUGAUGUUGUUUUACUGUUGCUGUUUCAGCAUGUAUUUUUAUCAGUUUUACGUCAUUCGUUCAAUGAAACUGCAAUUUCCUAUACAGGAUAUGAACAGUUUCACAUAAUUCAUUUCUGGUCUUGGCUUAGUUUGAAUGUAAUAAUAUUGACAGAGAUAUUGAUUCAGUUUUAUUUACAUUUUAGUUUUAAAGUAGAUCAGAAACUAUUUAUAAGUCAGUUUGCUCAAAUUUAAACCAAACACAGUCAUGUUUGUAUGUUAUCUGUUUCAUAUAAAUUAUUUUGACUUCACACCUUACAAUACCUUUUCAGCCCACAUAAACUGAUUACAUAAGCUUGUGAUGCCAGUGCCCUUAUCACUGUUCUCCUCUCAGUUAACAUGAGUUUACACAAAAUGAUAGGUGAGAUAUCGUGUCAGUGGCUAGGGUGGAUUGAGAAGACAAAGUUCAUUGUGUAGUCCACACAGAUGACAUGAUACUGCAGGAGAGAAUCUGGCUCCUUGUGCUCUGCUUCCGUCCGCGUGCAACACACAUCUCUGAGCUGGAUUGCUCCCGCAAUAGAAAAGUGUUUUCCAACCAGCCAAUAUGAAGAGUAUCCUGAAGGGCAAUAAUUACGAGGCGCCUGAAGCUGGUGCGAGUAACACUAUCGGAGCUGUACGCUGGAAUCUUCCUGAUGAAGAUCUUCAGGCUCACAGCUCAGUUCCUAGCAAGAGCACUCAUAGUCCUAAACAAAAGGACCUGAAGGAUCUCCGCAGCCUGCAGGAAUGCAUUACAUUUAUCACUCAGUGGAAACAGGAGGUGGAACAUGUCUGCAGGCCUCGCUCCAGUGCAGACGAAGGCCCAAAUAUCAGUGUGCAUGCAGAGCCACAUAGUAUGGAGCAAUGCCGCAAACUCAUCCUUAAGUGGGCACAGGAGCUCAAGAAAGUUGAUGAUUUGUUUAGUGAGGGCACAUGGCGACAACAAAGAGAUGCAUCUUGGGAGCAGAAAGAGAACAAGGUUGAUUCUGCCAUGCAUAUGAAGCAGAAGAUCAUGGAAUGGGCUACAGAGCUACAGACUGUGUCCGAGCGCUGUGGUGUGAUGAGGCAAGAUUUAGCCCGUUUUCUGAAGCAGCUGGAACUGAAGAAGAGGAAAAUCUUGACUCUGUUCCCUUUUUUGGAAUUCAUUACUUGGUCUCUACUGAAACAGGACAGCCAGGGUGUUGUUCCACAGCUAUGGCUCCUCAGCAAACAGCGUACCUGGAAAACAGAGACACCAAAGUACAUUCCAAACUCAGUAUGGAGAUGGAUCCGCAGUGCUUCAGUGGACAUCACACUGGACCCUAUGACAAGCCACCCAUGGCUGCAGCUCUCUGAUGACAAGAGAAAGGUACAGGAAGCUCUCAAUGAAACUGAAGUGUCCUACAGUACCCAGCGCUUCGACAGCUGGCCGUGUGUCCUGGGCUGGGAAGGGCUCACUUCCAGUCGGUACUAUUGGGAAAUUGAUAUUGCCAACAAUGGCUACUGGCGUAUUGGAGUGACCACUGCAUCCUCCAGAAGGAACGGCCGGUGUCCCAUGAACCCCUCUGAGGGCUUCUGGACAAUAUGGAGAAGCACACGGCAGUUUUAUGCAUGCACCAAGCCAGAAACCGAGCUACCUCUGUCACUUGUGCCCAAAAAGCUGGGAGUGUACCUGGACUAUGAAGAAGGACAGGUGUCUUUCUAUAAAGUAGAGACACGCUCACAUAUCUUUACCUUCAUCGCAAAUUUCCGUGAAAAGUUGUACCCGCUUUUCGCACCACUGGAUGGACGCACACUUAUCACACUGUCCUCCACAGAAGUCACUCCAGAGGUGUCUUCUCAUGAAAGUUUACAAUUCUUUUAACUUGACAAAUGUUUUAAUAGGGGACUAAUGAUGAGGACCAAUAAGCUGCCCUUUUAGUGCUUCGGGCUCAAGAGCAUAUUGGAAAAGUGGAUAAAAUGAUUACAAUCGUCAUAUCUAAAGGAUGAGAUCCUGUGGAUACUGUGUUUUG